GAAAAGUGACAGAUGUGACGUGUGCGCAGACCGACUGCAAAGCUACCCCCACACCGGCACAGGUGAGAAGUCUUGUCGGUGAAGAGCUGUUCAGCCGCUACGACCGCCUCCUGCUUCAGUCCACUCUCGAAUCUAUGCCUGAUGUGGUGUACUGCCCCCGGCCCUCCUGUGCCUCUCCUGUCCUCUCAGACUCCAACUCCAUGGCCCAGUGCUCCGUCUGCAGCUUCGCCUUCUGUGUCCUCUGUAACAAAACCUACCACGGCUCUGAGCCCUGCUACACCCCCACCCCCGAAGACGAGAGGCAACAGAGGCCCCACGACGACUAUGCGCAGAUCCCAAAGACAAAAGAGGGCAGGAUGGCUCUGUGGGAGGAUUACUCCACUGGGUACAAAGCGAGCGGCAGCUCCUGAAGCAGAGGUUCGGCAAACAGGCAUUUCUGGGGUUCCUGGAGAACUGGCUGAGCUCAGACUGGAUCAGGGAAAACACCAAGAACUGCCCCCACUGCUUCUCCCACAUCCAGAUGACACACUGAGCAAUUACGAAAUCACUUCUCUCCCGCCUCUGUGCCUUACCUUUGACCUGCCUGAGGAUUACCCAUCAUGCUCUCCUCCUGCCUUCAUGCUCAGCUGCUCCUGGCUCACCCCAAAGCAGCUGUCCUCACUCACUGCUCAUCUCACUGACCUGUACCAGACCACAGGGGGCGCUGUUGUGCUUUUCUCCUGGGCCCAGUUCCUCAAAUAUGAGACUUUAGGCUUUCUCGGAAUCACUGACAUACUGGAGAUAGAUUCAGAUGGAGUAAAUGGAUCUAACUUGGGUAAAUCUGAUGAUAAAGACUUGAGUUUGGAAGAAAACAAAUUAAAAACUGCAUCUGCUAUAAACUUUGAUGGAAGAGUUCCAGAGGUUGCCAGAUUGGAAGCUCAGAUCACUGAUAUGUUGGAAAUACCCUCAGAUGAAUCCAGUACAAACUUGGACAAAUCUGAUGAAAAAGAUUUGACUUUGGAGGAAUCUGCUGCAAACUGGGAUGGAGGAGGCUCAGAGGUUGCCAGAUUGGAGGCACAAAUUCCUCUUUCUCUUACUCCGGGACAAAAGCUCAUGUCCCAGCUGUUGAUCCAUGACGCUGCUCAGAAAGAGAAGGCGUUUUUCAAAGAGCAGUUUGAAUGCGGAGUCUGCUUUGAGAGUUGGCUCGGCUCGGAGUGCGUUCAGAUCAUCGAAUGUGGCCAUGUUUUUUGUCGUCGUUGUCUCGCAGACUUUUGUAAAUUUCAAAUCCAAAAUGGAAAAGUGACAGAUGUGACGUGUGCGCAGACUGACUGCAAAGCUACCCCCACACCGGCACAGGUGAGGAGUCUUGUCGGUGAAGAGCUGUUCAGCCGCUACGACCGCCUCCUGCUUCAGUCCACUCUCGAAUCUAUGCCUGAUGUGGUGUACUGCCCCCGGCCCUCCUGUGCCUCUCCUGUCCUCUCAGACUCCAACUCCAUGGCCCAGUGCUCCGUCUGCAGCUUCGCCUUCUGUGUCCUCUGUAACAAAACCUACCACGGCUCUGAGCCCUGCUACACCCCCACCCCCCCCGAAGACGAGAGGCAACAGGGGCCCCAUGAAGCCUACGUACAGAUCCCAGAGACAAAAG